GUUCCCAAAAGGUGUUCCGCGGAACCCUGAGGUUCCGUGAAAGACCCUCAGGGGUUCCGCGAAAAUUCAAGAUUUCCAUAUUGUAAAUCGUUUCACUUGUGAUAAUAUUAAAUUGACGUAAUUUAUUAUUCAUUUUCAAUCAACUUGUUUUAAAAUAUUGCAUUCCAAAAUUCCAUUUAGGCGCCAUGUAGGUAGGUAGGUACGCUGUGCGUGUCACGUGUCGCGUCGCCCGGUCGCGCCGCUCGUCGUCCUCCCACCGCCCGCGCCGCUCGUCGUCCUCCCACCGCCCGCGCCGUUCGUCGCUCUCCCGCCGCCCGCGGCAUACCGCGGCAGCUUGCGACCAUUCAGUUGAGUCAAUACGAUUACUAGGACUGCACGUGAUCAAGUUUUUGAUACCAAAUUUUAAAACUCGAAAAUAAGCUAAGAAUAAAUUCCGUACCUAGAUAGUGAUUGUUUAUAGUUUUACGAGCACUGUUUUAAGCAGGUAUGUUUUUAUUAUUUUUACGUAUUAUAAUGAUAAAUCAAAUGCUACUUAUAAUAGUUCCACAAAAACAGGUCGUUUUUGCCUAAAAUAUUGCUGUGUUUUACUUACAGUUCACGAUGGAUAAAUGGCUAAAACCUGGGAUUGCUAAGGGGAAACGUGGUGCUAGCUUUGUGGACAGUAAUGUUAAUACUUAUCAAUCUAAUCAAGCUUUUGACCAAGUCUCAUCUUCACCAGAAGGAGAGACAAUUGAAAAAAAAACGGAAAUUACCAGUGGUGCUAGUUGUUCAGGUAUUGGUACGGAAGACACUUUUGUUGAACAAAAUCAGCAAAACACAGUGAUACCAUCUACUACCGACCAUACUGAACGUCAAGCGGGAAUAUCUUCAAAAAAGAGAAAAUAUGAUGAGUCCUAUCUGUCCUAUGGAUUUAUACCGAUAGGGAAUGCUGAAAAUCCUGAUGGAAAAUGUGUUGUUUGCAGCAAGAUUUUGUUGAAUAGCUCCCUGGCACCUGCAAAGCUUAAGCGUCACCUUGAUACUAAUCAUCCUCACCUCAAAAAUAAAAACAUUAGUUUUUUUGAAAGACAAAGAGAUGUACAUCAAGCAAGUGUGACCGCUUUACAAAAAUAUGCAAAAACUGAUAAUGAAAACGCCACGAAAGCCUCAUUCAUGCUAAGUUAUAAGAUUGCACGAGCUGGAAAACCUCACACAAUAGCCGAGGAUUUUUUGAAACCAUGCAUGACUGAAGUUGUUGCCUGCUUGCUUGGAGAGGAUUCAGCUAAGAAAGUGGCAACGGUACAGUGUUCGAACAACAUCGUAUCUGACCGUAUUCAUAAGAUUUCAGACCACAUUGAAGAUGAAUUGAUUGAUAGAUUGAAAGAGAGCAAUGCAUUUGCAAUGCAACUGGACGAAAGUACGGAUGUUGCCGGACUAGCAAUACUGCUAGUUUUUGUCAGAUAUCCAUACAGAGAAUCUAUCGAAGAAGAUUUGUUUCUCUGUGCUCCUUUGGAGGCCAAUACAACUGGAGAAGAAAUUUUUAAAGUUAUUGAUGAAUACAUGAAAAAAAAACAAAAUUGAUUGGAAUAAAUGUAUUGAUGUAUGCAGCGAUGGAGCUGCAGCCAUGAUUGGUAAAGUAAAAGGAACAGUGUCAAGAAUUAAAACUGUUGCGCAAAAUUGUACUAGCAGUCAUUGUAUUUUACAUCGUCAUGCUCUUGCCGUGAAAAGAGUGCCAUCUGAUUUAAAACAAGUCCUUGAUCAAGCCGUACAAAUCGUCAAUUUUGUGAAAACACGUCCACUGCAGUCAAGGCUAUUCAAAAAAACGUGUGAAGACAUGAAAAGUCAGCAUCAAUCACUCCUUCUACACACGGAAGUGAGGUGGCUUUCCAGAGGAAGGGUUUUAAACAGAUUAUAUGAAUUGCGCGAUGAACUGAAAGUUUUCUUACAGACCCUUCCUUCGCCUGCAAGUGCUAGCUAUCUUGAACUGUUACGAGACGAGCGAUGGUUGAUGAGAUUGGCUUAUUUGGCUGACAUAUUUGAUAAACUGAACACAGUGAGCAGCUCUUUGCAGGGAAGAAUGAUAACCAUAUUUACAGUGAGUGACAAAGUAUCUUCAUUGAAAGAGAAAAUCGCCUUGUGGAUUGAAUGUCUUGGACAAAAAAGGUAUGAGUGUUUUCCACUACUUGAGCAAUUUCUCAAAAAAUAUAAUCAUCUUCAAAUCGCUACAGACGUAGAGAUAAGUAUACGUGAACAUUUGACAAACCUAAAAACAUCUUUGGAGGAAUAUUUUCCAGAAGAAAAGCUUCGGUUACGGGAAAUCGAAUGGGUCCGAAAUCCAUUUAGGAUUAGUACCAAACCUUUAACACUGACUGUAUUGGAAUAUGAAAAUUUAAUUGAUAUUAAAAAUUCAUCCACACUCCAACAACUUUUCGAAUCUGAAGCUAUCAUGAACCCGAGUCAAUUUUGGAUUGGCCUGAAAAACGAAUACCCGGGCAUUGCUGAAAAAGCUAUCAUAGCAUUACUCCCAUUUGUGACAACUUACAGAUGCGAGGCUGGGUUUUCAGCGUACGCCUACACGAAAAAUAAGUUUAGGAGUAGGUUGAAUGCUGCACCAGACCUCCGCAUCCAAUUGUCGGACAUAAAACCUGACUUCGAUGUAAUUUUAAGGAAAACUAUGAAGAGAUUUCAUUCAUCACAUUAAAAUUUUUGUAAUUACCUUUUCUUCUAACUAAGUAAAUAUUUUUAUCUUAAAAAGUCUUUCUCUUAACAUCAAACUUUGCGGACACCAAUCCAAAAAGCCUCAGAUGGUGUGAUUUCACGAAAAAAAAUGUUGCUGUUAAGGCGGAAAUAUACUUACGUGGCGUGGCAUGUCGUGGCGCGCCAGGAUCAUACGUUUUCAUACAUUUGACAGGACGUGACACGACAAGGCAUACAAGUAUGUCUUUAACCAUAUUAAAUGUAUGAAACCGAUAUGCUUCUGGCGCGCUACCACACGCCACGAGAUGUAAGUGUAUUUCCGUCUUUAGUUUACUUCUUACUAAAAGCUAGGGUUCCGCCGAAAAAUGGUGAAACAAAAAGGGUUCCGAAGCCAAAAGAAUUCGGGAAC